AUGUCUUCGUCUGCCGGAAGAACAUACACCCAGAUCCUAGACUUCUGGUUCAGCCCAAAGUCCUCCCCCGACUACCUGCAGCAAAAGUCCUUCUGGUACGGUGGCCCCGCCGACGACGCAUACGUACGCAAGAACCUCGGGCCCUCCUACAACGAAGCCAAGAAUGGCCGACUGGAUGGCUGGAUGGAUCUCGCCGCCGGCGAGGGCGCUCUAGCCCUCAUCCUCCUUCUAGACCAGGUCCCCCGCAACAUCUUUCGCGGGUCGCCGGAUGCCUACGCGACGGAUGCAAAGGCAGUGGCUGUUGCCCGCCAUGCUGUGGACAAGGGCUGGGACCGGGAUAUGCCGGUUAUUCAGAGGCGAUACUUGUAUUCGCCGUUUAAUCACUCGGAGAACCUGCAGGACCAAGAGAUGUCGGUGAAGUUGUUCACGGACCUAGGCGAUCCGUACCAUUUGCGCUGGGCGCGGGAUUUCCACGACCAGAUUAAGCGCGAUGGAAGGUUCAAACAUCGUGACGGUGUAUUGGGGAGGUAG